AUGACACCCUGGCGGUCACUGCUUCUCUUGAAAUCCCCGCUCGUUUCACAUUUCAGUACAUCCUCCUUUUACAUAUACCCUCGCCCUUUACAUUGCCGCCUCGCCCCUCACGGCUUCCUAAGCAUCAAAGCCACCAUCAAGAUUUCAUCGACAAAGACUGGUGUCAUCUUCGGCAGCAUUCUAUGGGAAGGACAGAACAUGGCCGAGGCUUGCGUUAUCCUAAACGAUAUCCACAUCAACAUCAUGGACUACAUCAAACCCGCGUACCGUACCGAGCAUCAAUUCCGUAGCAUGUGGGCCGAGUUCGAAUGGGAGAUCAGAGUCCAUGUUAACUACCCUCUAUCGUGUGUACCCCCUUCCCUUUGA